UAAAUAUAUUUUCUAUAUUAUAUUAUAGAUAGAGAUGUAUAUACACAUAAGUAUACACAAUAGUAUACAACAAAUUUGAGUAUUUAUCAAUAUAUCUACCGUCACAUAGUAUCAAAAUGAAUUCUAUUAAAAGUACUGAAAAAGCCACAUCGGCGUAGGCCCAAGCCCAUGGCCACGACCAUGUUCUUCUUUUCUUCUUCUUCUUCCCAUUUCUGCAUUCUGCAAUCAGUAUCUCUUCAGAAUUGAAAUGGCUAUAGAGUAGUUGUUGACAAUUGCUUCUGCAGAUGUUCGGACGCUCUUGAUUUGUCUUCUAAUUCCGUCUCCAGAGUGAAAAUCGAACUUCACAGGUAGCGAUAUCUUUUGGGUUGUAAAGAUAUGGACAGAAUCAGUGAUUUAUCUGAUGAAUUGCUGAUUAAGAUAUUAACCUCCGUUCCGACAAAACUUGCUGUAUCGACUAGCAUUUUGUCCAAACGAUGGGAGUGUCUUUGGAAGUGGCUGCCUAAACUUGAGUACGAUGAUACAGAUUAUUCAUUGUCUGAAUGUAAGAGGCUGAGGUGUUUUCUUGAUAGAAAUCUGCCAUUACAUAGAGCUCUUGUUAUAGAAAGCUUCCGUCUCCACUUGAAUAAUCAGCAUUUCAAACGUGAAGGUAUCAAACUGUGGCUUCAAUUUGCAGUUUCUCGCUGCCUAAGAGAGCUAGAGGUUUCUUAUUCUAAUCGGAGAAAACGAAAUAUAUCGUUGAGUUGCUUGUAUAACUGCAAAUCGCUUGUGAUCUUGAAACUCAGUGGAGCGAUUCUCGUGGACGUUCCUCGGAUGGUUUCUCUUCCUUCUCUGAAAACAUUGCAACUUCGUGAUGUGACAUACUCAGACAAAAAAUCCCUUCAAAGGUUUCUAUCUAUUUGCCCUGUUCUUGAAGAGCUAUCCGUGGAUUUAGGUGAUGACGAUCAAAUGGGAAAGCUCGCUAUUAGCAUCCGGUCUUUGCAGAGUUUAACACUCAGUGUAGCUUAUGAUUGUGAAGUAGAUGAGCUUGUGAUAGAUACUCCUUCUUUGAAGUAUUUCAAACUCGUGGAUCGGUUUGAUGAUGGUCGCACCUUAUUGGUUGGUAAUAUGCCUGAGCUCAGGGAGGCACAUAUAGAUGUUGAUUACUUUGAUAAUCAUAAUCUUAUCGGAUCAAUCACAUGGGUCAAGCGUCUUACAAUAUCUGCAAAUCCUUAUUAUGCUUACGCUUUUGUCUUCAACCAACUUGAGCAUUUGAAGCUAUUCAUAGAGAAAUCUUAUUCGUUGGAUCUCCUUGUCCGGUUGCUCAAAGAAUCUCCUAACUUGCAAGUACUAGACCUCUACAAUAUGGAAAAAAAGUAUCUUAUGUCUGAUGACUUGGAAGCGUGGGAUCAACCUAGUACUGUUCCUGAAUGUAUGUUAUCAAGUCUACGGAUUUUCAGCUGGUCAUUAUACUUUGGAAGACCAGCAGAGAGAGAUCUUGCAGUUUAUAUCUUGGAAAACGCUCGUCUCUUAAAGACUGCAACUAUCUCCUCUAAGAAAUGGUUUGUUCCAAAACUUGAGAUGAUCAAAGAGUUGUCAUUAUCUUCCCGAGCUUCAACCACAUGCCGACUCGAAUUUAAUUGAGGAGCUAAAUCAUUAGAUGUUUUCAUUGAUGUAAUAGGAUUCAGAUUCUUUCAAAUUUUAAUAUUGAGGCUUGAUGGAGACUCCUUAUGUUUUCUUUCCGUUCAAUCUGUUUUUAUUAUUCUUUCUGCCUCUGCCUUUGGUUAUUACUAGUCCUCUGAGUAGCUCAGACAAAAUUUCAAGUCUCUUUACUCACAAAAAAAAAAAGAAAGUCUAUUUACUCUACUGUUAAGGUAAC